AUCAUUCUCAGCAUCACAGCACAAGAACUAUAACUUUGUAACAGCUGAUAUCAUUCCAAAUAAACUUCAUCAGCUAUUCAAACAACCUUAUUAAAUCAACAAAAUGGCUGGAACGAUUGCGAAGCAACAAGCAGGCGUGGAUGUUGAGACGUACGGGCCUUUUGGCAAUCAAAGUGGUGUAAAAUGGUCGUUGGUGCUUGACCCCAAUGAAUAUAUAACCCAAAUAAUCCUAAAAACUGGCGCUUUGGUUGAUUCAAUUGUGUUUGCCACUACAAAGCCCACAGCUUUUGGUCCUGUCACAAAUCGGCGCAAGUUUGGCGGUGAUGGUGGCCCUAACGAAUUUAAGAUAGAACUGAAAGAUGGGGAGUACAUUACACGGAUAAGUGGAGCAAUUGGGACAUGGAAUUCGAAUCGUGAAGUGGCUAAGCUCAAGAUAUAUACUAAUUUGCAGCCCGAUGGGUACGGCCCUUAUGGAGGUACACAAGCCACGAAGGAUCUUUCUGAGUUUUCAUCAACAAUUCCAUCCGGUGGUCGUGUUCUUGGCUUUUUUGGAACUUUAAAUAAUUACCUACAAUCAAUUGGAGUCUACGGAAAUAAG